AUGGCUGCUCUUCUUGCUUCCCUUUCUACUCCUUUCGUUAUUUCCCCCAAGUUUGGUCCUAAUAGCAAGGCUGGGUUCAAGCCAUGGAGCACCACCCUUGUGAGAUGUGCGCCAAGGGUUGAGGGCUGCGAGUGCUUUAGUAGAUUUAGGGAACAGUCUGGCCGGUUCUCUGAGAAUCUUCGUGAGGAUGUGAGAGGGUUGCUGAGCCUCUAUGAAGCAUCACAGCUAGCCUGUGAAGGAGAAACUGUAAAGCGUGGUCUGCAGGUUCUGCUCCACAGAAGGGUUUGUAGGGUCGAGGCCCGAGAGUAUAUUGAGACAUUCGAGAGGACGGACCGCAGAAGCCAAGUACUGCAUGAGUUCACUAGGCUGGACUUCAACAUGGUGCAGACAAUCCACCAAAGAGAGCUCAGGGAGUUAUCCGGGUGGUGGAGGCACUUGGGCUUGGGCGAUCACAUUUGCUUCGCCAGAGAUAGGCUGGUGGAGAGCUACUUCAUGGCGGUGGGGAAGAUGCAUGAGCCAAGUUCUCACAGUACAGGAUGCAACUCGCCCGGGUGGGAUCUUCAGGCGGCAGAGCAGCUGCCACAGUCACUGAGGGUCUUCUAUGCGGCUGUCUACAACACAACCAACCAGAUUAGCUACGCUGUUCUUAGGAGGCAUGGCCAUGAUAUCACUUCACACAUGAGGAGAGCGGUGGAUGGGUGUAUGUAG